AUGGAAUCUCGCAGUAACGAUUAUAAUAAAACCAACGCGCUCACGUCACUGUCUCCCGUGGAGUUUAGCAAUUACGAAUGUGAAAUAAAUGAUGGCUUCAAUAAGUAUCUUAAGGACGCUGGAUUUGAUACGUACGGAUUCAAUUUCAAUGUUCUAACAAUCUUGGGAUCGCAGAGCAGCGGCAAAAGCCACCUGCUCAACAGUUUGUUCUCUUCGAAGUUUCAAACAAUGGAUUCGUCGAAGGGGCACUCUCAGACGACAAAGGGGAUAUGGGCGUCACUGCUGCUGCCGAAGGAAAGGAGCGCAAACGCAGUGGUUGUGUUUGACUCGGAAGGAACGGACUCACGGGAACGCGGAGAAGGAAGACUGACCUUCGAGCACAGGUCGUCACUCUUCUGCUUGGCUCUAUCAGACGUGGUCGUGGUUAACCUGUGGUACAACUCGCUGGGAAAUCUAACAAGCUCAAACUACGGGCUGCUGAAAACAGUAGUGGAAGCGAAUUUGGAGCUGGUUGAUUCCAACAAUGACCAAAGCUUAAAAACACUGUUAUUCUUUUGCGUGAGAGAUUGGUCGCCGAACCUUUCGCCAUUAAAUGUGGUAAAGGAUUAUGUAAUGAAUAAGUAUAUGUCCAGCAUAUGGAAUGAAAUAACUAAGCCAGCAAGGUUCGCAAAUGUGGGAGUGGAGUCGUUGUUUGAGAUAAGAGUCUUCGGAUUGUCUAAUGCAAUCACGGACACAGUAAGGUUCAACGAGGACCUGGAAGAGCUGAGAAGGGCGUGGAACGAGCUGAGGCCGUCAAAAUACUCGAGGCUGGUUCCAUCAGACGGGUUCUUUGUGUACUGCAAUAACGUGUGGAAUACAAUCAUAGAGCAGAAUCACCUGGACAUACCGACGCAGAAGGAGAUGCUGUCAAGCUACAGGUGCGCAGAAAUCAAGAGCGCAGUGCUGCAAAAGGUAGCGAGUGGCCUAAACGAGCACGCGGAGGGAGAGUUUAUGGAAUACGUAUUGAAGUUGCUGAAGGAGGCGGAAGAGCUGUACUUCACAGAAGCAUCGAGAUAUGAUGCAAGUGUGUCGAAGAGAGUAGCAAAUGAGCUUUUAUCACAACUAUGUGGAAGGUUACAGCCUUAUUUUGAGUCGGCAUUGGGAGAUUAUGUAAAAAAGUUGACCGUAGAAGCAUCAUCAAUGCUCGAAAAGGAGUUUGCAGUAUCCAGGGAAGGGAAGGUUGUGAAGGUAGGGGGAUCAGAUCCACACGAAGCAUGGCCGAAGUUCGCAGAUAAGUGCCAAGAGUUGCAAAGAACACGAUCGGAUAAGUUGGAAACACACCUGGAAGGAUUUAAAGUCUCGCACGACAAUAAGGUGAAGUUCGAAUAUGAGUUUGACACACAGUCACUCAAGGAGCACCUUAAGCUGAGCCUGUCAAGCGAGUUUGACGUAACGAGGUCGAGGCAACUGGAGCUGUUGAAACAGCAAGUGGAGACGCUAGCAGACUCGUGCUUCGUGCUCCUCAAGUCGAAUCUGAUGGAAAGGUCACUGAAGGAAGACGAGUUCUGGACGUACUUUGAAGAAAUGUUCGAGGAAACACACAAAAACUGCCUCAACUCCUACAAAGGCAGCUACAAGGGGCUGCUGAGUGAAGUCUCUGAAAACGAGUUUGAGUACCUGUCGCUCGUACUAAUGCUGGGAAGAGCAAGGAAUAACUUUGAGAAGCUGCAGAGUAACCUGGAGGACCUGGUGGUGGACAGGUUCGACAGGUUUUUCAACUACCAGGAGUUCAAGGGGGAGCUGGUGCCGACGGAGUGGCACAAGCAGUCGGACCAGGAGCUGAACAACAGGUACAAGCAGUCGAAGGAGGACGCGCUCUACCUUCUGCAGGUCUUUAAGAAGACGAGGACGAGGACCGUGCCAGUGUUUAGCCUGGUCUCGGUGAAGAAGAAUCACUACUUCUACCGCACGCUCGAGGAGAAGCCGAACGAAAGCUACAGCAGCGUGCUGAGUGAGAAGGCGCGGCUGGAGGCGACUGAGACCUGCGGCAAGAGGUUCCUGGAGAUGUACAAGAACGCCCAGGUCGUGCAGAACGCAGGCGGCGCAAUGAGCUCGUGGAGGAACAUACCGCCCUUCUUCUGGCUCGUGCUCCUGGUGCUGGGAUGGAACGAGAUAAGGUCGGUGCUCAGAGUGGUCUUUAAGUUCCAGCUACUAAUUCCACUGGUGCUCGCACUGUAUUUCGGAUUCAGCUACGUGGCGAAGAGGUUCUUCGGACCAGCAGCGGAGCAAUACGUGAAGAUGGUGCGCCAGAGACUGUUGGAUUUGCUAAAGUUAUCGAUAACAUAUUCAAUAAAGGCGCUCAAUCGACUAAACAGCAAACGAGCUGCCCGAAAGAAGGAAUGA